AUGUCCGGAAGAGGCGGCGGUCGGGGUGAUAGGGGCGGAGGUAGGGGCGGAGGCGGCGGAUAUCGGGGCGAUAGGGGCGGAGGCGGCGGAUUUCGGGGUGAUAGGGGCGGAGGUAGGGGCGGAGGCGGCGGAUAUCGGGGUGAUAGCGGUGGAGGUGGCAGAGGUGGCGGUGGCGGGUAUCGGGGUGAUGGCGGAGGUAGAGGCGGAGGAGGUCAAGGGGGCUAUAGAAAGCAGGAUAAGCCGGUUGUUGUUUACAAGGACCCAACCAAGCAACCCAAUGAACCCCCUCCCCCCGCUGAUGCUCAAACGCUCGCCAUUGAGACUGCUUACAUGGACAAGUCGAAGAGUCUCAGUGGGGCAAUGGCCAGUACAUCACUGACCAAGCAAAUGCCCAAUCGGCCAGGCUUUGGUACACUUGGUAAGAAGAUUACCGUAUACGCCAAUUACUUCAAGGUCAUUGCCCCAGCCAACCUGAGUUUGACUCGGUAUAAUGUCGAAGUGGCCCCUGCCACUACCGGCAGAAAGCUGGCAAGAAUCUUCCAGCUCCUUCUUGAGCAGCCCGAGUUCACUGGUCUUGCGACCGAGUGGAAAUCCAUGAUUAUCUCGCCACGGGUACUGGAUAUCCCCGAUGGCUUUACGGUUCAGAUUCCAUACUUGGCAGAGGGCCAGGAUGAGCCCCUCGAGCGGGCCAUUACCUACACUGUGAGAGUAAUCACGCCACUCACGUUUUCUGUCUCCGACCUCUGCAGCUACCUCGCUUCCCCAAACCCAGGUCCAACUUAUGCUCAAAAGGCUGAGAUCAUCCAAGUCAUGAAUGCUGUCUUUGGCAGCCACCCACAGUCGCGCAGCGCCGUCACUUCGAUCGGCCAAAACCGACACUUCUCGAUCGACCGUAGCCAGGCGAAUGCUCACAACAUCCGGUCUCUCGGUGGCGGCCUCGAAUCCCUUCGUGGCUACUUUCUAAGUGUACGCCCCGGAACCGGUGGCUUGCUCUUGAAUGUCAACGUCACAAACGGUGUCUUUAUUGAGCCAGUCCGCCUAGAUGUGCUCUUUGCAAAGUUCGGCACUGGGAACAAGAAAAGUCUAAACAGUAAACUCAGGUAUCUCCGAGUUGAACAGACCCAUCUUCCAACCAAGAAGAACAAGAAGGGUGAGGUUAUCCCAAAGAUAAAGAGCAUCACCGGCUUGGCCUAUCCCCGUGAUGGCUCAAAGUUGGACCACCCACCAAAAGUUGAAUUUGAUGGUGCUGGGCCGAAGAACGUGAGUUUCUGGAUCUCUGAUGACGGCCCCCCAACGGGUGCGGAUGCCAAACCACCUGGAAAGGGAAAGAAGGUCGGUGGCCCACAAGCUGGACCUAAGCUUCCAACCAAUCAGUUAAUCACGGUCCACAAGUAUUUUCAGAUCAAGUAUCCGGGGUUGCAGCUCAAUGAGCGUCUCCCGGUUGUCAACGUUGGCAGCAAAGAGAACCCGAGCUAUCUUCCCGCCGAAGUCUGCCUUGUCCUCCCCGGCCAAACCAUCGGGCGUCGUUUGAGCCCUAUUCAAACCAGCGAGAUGAUCAAAUUCGCCUGCCGACAGCCAUGGGAAAACGCGAAUUCUGUCACCAGUGAUGGAAGGGCCAUGCUUGGACUAAACGCCAAUUCCAAUUCCAUUUCUGGAUCUCUUGGCUUGCAAGUUGGUUCUAGUCUCGUCACUGUCAAUGCUCGCGUACUGCCUCCACCUCAAGUCAAGUACAAGGACCCUAGAGGUCAGACGAUCAACGUCAACAUCAACAAGGGUAGAUGGAACAUGGCAAAUGUCCGCUUUCAAAAGGCCGCCCCGAUUGGUACUUGGACCUACAUGAUAAUUAAAUCCGACAGAAGAUGUCCCAAAGUCGACGAUGAUCAGAUCAAGGCCACCGUCGAUGAUUUUAAAGACUUUCUUCGCAGAUCUGGCAUCGACCCCAGUGGCUUCCUCGGCAAUUAUCGACCUUCGAGCGUGGAUCUCCGCGAUGGAGAGGAGGGUGCAAACGAGGCCAAGAUCAAGAUCAAGUUCCGUGAGCUUUAUGAGUUAAAAGACCGACCAAAUUUCGUUCUUGUCAUUCUUCCCUAUGAGGACAACCCUAUCUACGGCAGUAUCAAGAGGAUCGCCGACACUAAGGCUGGAAUUCACACUAUCUGUGUCGUCUCCACCAAGUUUGCGAAGGGUGGGCGUGGGCAGGAUCAGUACUUCGGUAACAUAUCCUUGAAGUUCAACAUGAAGGCUGGUGGCAUCAAUCAUACCGUCGAGCCCGCUAAGCUUGGAGUCAUCAGCGAAGGCAAGACGAUGGUCGUCGGUCUUGAUGUCACACAUCCAUCACCUGGCUCAAGGGAAACCGCUCCCAGUGUCGCUGGCAUUGUUGCUAGCGUUGACAAGUGGCUCGGCCAAUGGCCAUCCGACUUCUCGAUCCAGGCUUCGAGGCAGGAGAUGGUGUCCGGCUUGGAGAGUCUGAUGAUGUCCCGAUUAGACAUCUGGCAAAAGAUCAAUAAGCAACUCCCGGAAAACAUCAUUAUAUACCGUGAUGGUGUCUCCGAGGGUCAGUACCAGUUGGUUCUUGACGACGAGUUGCCUCUCAUCCGCAAUGCCUGUCGCCAAAAGUACCCUGCCACGGCAACGAAACAGGGUUUCCCCCGUAUUUCGAUCAUCGUCUGCGGUAAGAGACACCACACUCGUUUCUACCCCAACGCCAUAGGCAACGCCGAUGACACUUCCAACUGUGAAGCCGGUACAGUUGUUGAUCGUGGAGUGACCGAGGCCCGAAACUGGGACUUUUACCUCCAAUCUCACAGCUGCAUACAGGGUAGCGCACGUUCUGCCCACUACUACGUGAUCCUGGACGAGAUCUUCCGCUACCUCAAGCAGAAACCAGGCCAGACCGCUGCCGAUGCCCUAGAGGAGCUCACGCACAACAUGUCCCAUCUCUUCGGUCGUGCAACCAGGUCCGUCAGUCUCUGCCCCCCCGCCUUCUACGCAGACUUGCUGUGCACUCGGAUGAGAAUCUACCUCGCCGAGCAUUUCGAACCCUCCGAUAACCAAGCCCCCGGAGCUGUUACUACUGCUGCUACAACUCCCAUCAUUCCUGUCAGUAUGAAAGACAGCAUGUUCUACAUCUAA